GUUGCGUUUCGUUAAUCGGCGGAAUCGAGAGAAAGAGUUGCCCUUUUCCACAGCCGAUCGAUAUGUCCAACGGUGCAGCUGGUGUUCCCGCGAAGAAGGAGGAGGAGGAGCCGCGAUCCUCGAAGCAGAUGACCAUCAGCGCCUCCACGCAGGAGCUGGCCGACCUGAUAGACCAGCACCUGGGCGAGCUGCGCCAGAAGGAGCCCUCGUGGCGCGUGGCCGACUCGCCCAUUUCCGGCCGCGGCAUCUUUGCCACCCGGGACAUUGCGCCCGGCGAGGAGCUCUUCCGGGAGCACACGCUGCUGGUGGGUCCGACCGCGCAUCGGUCCACCAAUCUGCGCACCUGCACCCUCUGCUACCGCCUGAUCCCGGGCUCCACGGACCCCGAGGCCCUCUGUCCGGCGGGCUGCGGGCUCCCAGUUUGCUCCGACUGCCGCAGCUCCCAGCGUCACGCCUUGGAGUGCAAGCUCUUCAGAAAGUGGAAGCCGCUGGAGAGCCAGAGGAUCGAGCCGCGCGCCCUGCGGAUCCUCAGCGUGGUGCGCUGCUUCUUCCUGGACGAAGCGGGCCGCAAGCUGCUCUACGCCAUGCAGGCCAACAUGGAUCGCUACUACAUGCAGGAGGUCCAGCGGGCCGCCGACUGCUUCGAGCACUUUCCGCGCGAGCAGGACAUGCUGGACUACUUCUACCGCACCAUCUGUGCCUUCAACACGAACGCCUUCGAGAGCCGGAGCAGCGUUGGGGGCCACGAGGUGCUGGUGAGGGCCCUCUUCCCGCUGGCGGGUCUCCUCAACCACCAGUGCACCCCGAAUGCGGCCCACCACUUCGAGAACGGCGAGACCAUCGUGGUCUGCGCCACCGAGCGGAUUCCCCAGGGCGCCGAGAUCACCAUGACCUAUGCCAAGCUGCUCUGGUCGACGCUGGCCCGAAAGAUAUUCCUCGGGAUGACCAAGCACUUCAUGUGCAGGUGCGUCCGUUGCCAGGAUCCCACGGAGAACGGAACCUACCUGUCGGCGCUCUUCUGCCGGGAACAGGGUUGCCGCAGCCUGGUGAUUCCCGUCCAGACUCGCACCCUGCAGCCCGACUGGCGGUGCAUCACCUGCGAGAACGUGUUUCCGCACUCGAAGAUGGCCAAGUACCAGGACUUCGCCCUGAACACCAUCAACAACCGGAUCAACUCGUGCAGCGUCCAGGACAUGAUCCACUUCAUCAACGAGAUGUGCCCGCGCUUCUGUCCCUCCUCCAACUACGUGCUCAUCGAGGCCAAGCUGAACGUCAUCUGGCGGAUGACGAGGUUCGACCGCGAGGAGUACACCCCCGAGGAGAUGGGCCACAUGGAUCGGUAUCGCGAGGAGGUCCUGGCCAUCCUCCACAAGCUGGGCGCCGGCGAGUGCACCCUGAAGAAGCUGAUCACCGGGGAGAUUCAGUGAACUUGUGAAUACUUAAGCGUUUUUUUUUUUUAUUCGCGUGUGAAUGAGCGAGUGUUUGUUGUGAAUGAAUGGGUUUUGUUUGGGCCACGGGGUUAAACCUCUGGGCCCUUUGUUGCUAUUUUAUUCGUAGUCACUUAAGGAAGAAAACAAAUAAACACCGAACUAUGUCUCUUUA